UCUGCGCGUUUCUUUUUCUGUUGAGUAGCGUCCUCAGAUCUCCAACAAAGAGAAGCCGAACCCUAAAAAAACACUAAGACACACAGACAAACGAUCUCGCUCGAUUGAUGGAAAACUUUUGGAGUUGUCCUUUGUAAUUUUACUUUUCGUAUUUAUAUUGAAAAGCCCAUCCAAAGACCAGUCGCUUCCGAGUUCGCGAUAUCCUAAAUCGUUCUUGAUUUUCUGGAAUUCCGGUUUUCCCCCAAACGAUGGAAAAGGACAGUGCGAAGUUCCGAUGCCAGCGAAUUGGCUGCGAUGCCAUGUUCACCGAAGACGACAACCCCGAAGACUCCUGCAGAUACCACGAUUCUCCUAUAUUUCAUGAUGGUAUGAAAGAAUGGAGCUGUUGCAAGCAAAGAAGUCAUGAUUUUAGCUUAUUUUUAGCACUUCCAGGAUGUAAGACAGGCAAACAUACAACUGAGAAACCAGUUACGAAGGCAGUUUCAAGCCAGAAAAAGACAAUGCCAGGUCCAAUUGCCGCAAACAAUCAGACUGAUGCAUCGAAGCUGGAUUGUUCGAGAUGCCGACAAGGCUUCUUUUGCUCUGAUCAUGGUUCACAUGCUAGAGUGGUAAAUUCCAAGCCUUUGCAGCCAGUGGUGACACCUUCUGAGAGCGAAGCCUGUGUGCAGAAAAUCCCUCCUGCGCCUGCCAAGAUAAUUGAUCUGAAUGCACCCCAGACUUGUAGAAAUAAAGGAUGUGGUAAAACGUUCAAAGAAAAGGAUAACCACGACAGUGCGUGUGAGUACCAUCCUGGCCCUGCCAUUUUCCAUGACAGGAUGAGAGGGUGGAAAUGUUGUGACGUACAUGUGAAGGAGUUUGACGAGUUCAUGAGCAUACCGCCAUGCACGAAGGGAUGGCACAAUGCGGAUCCAGUGUCGUAAGAGUAUAUUUAUGGUGAGGAUCUCAUAAGAGUUUUCUCUCUUACUUGGGAAGAAAAGCAUGAUGUACUUUUAUCUGAACAUUUUGUGGUUUAGGUCUUUUUACUCGUAUCUUGUGAACAAGAAAGUAUGUGGAGUUAUGGAUUUUGAAGGGAGGAUUGUCUAACAGAAAAUACUGACAGUAAGGGAAAUGUUCCAUGGUAAUUGCUCAGAAGAAGGUUUUCCA